GUGAUGGAAUCUAAUCCGUAGAUUUUUUUAACCACAACCUCUUAUCCCAUAUUUAGUCAAAAAGGAAAAAGCAUAGAGAGUUUGAAUUGAAAGGUGAUGAUGAUGUCAAGUGGAGGAGUACCUGUCUUCAACCUUGCUCCUAAUCUGACUGUUUCAAAGCUGUGUUUGGGAACAAUGACAUUUGGGGAACAGAACACCAUGUCUCAGUCAUUUCAUCUUCUCGACCAAGCUUACCAUGCUGGAAUCAACUUCUUUGAUUCCGCUGAAAUGUAUCCAGUGCCUCAACGUGCUGAAACUUCUGGAAGGAGUGAAGAGUAUCUUGGCCGUUGGAUUAAACAACGAAAUAUCCCCAGGGAUAGUCUUGUUAUUGCAACUAAGGUUGCUGGGCCAUCUGGGCAAAUGACUUGGAUUAGAGGUGGUCCUAAAUCUUUGGAUGCCACCAAUAUUAUUCAAGCUAUAGAUGAUAGUUUGUUGCGGAUGCAGUUGGAUUAUAUUGAUCUUUAUCAAAUUCAUUGGCCUGAUCGCUAUGUUCCGAUGUUUGGAGAAACCGAAUAUGAUCCAGCACAACAAUACUCUUCAAUUAGUAUACAUGAACAACUUGAAGCUCUUAGCAAAGCGGUGAAAGCUGGAAAGAUCAGAUACAUUGGUCUUAGUAAUGAAACACCAUAUGGCUUGAUGAAGUUUAUUCAGGUUGCAGAAAAAUUUGCUUCCUUCCCAAAGAUAGUUUCUUUGCAGAAUUCAUAUAGCCUGCUAUGUAGAACUUUUGAUUCUGCAGUGGCUGAGUGCUGCCAUCAGGAGAGUAUUAGCUUGUUGGCCUACAGUCCUCUAGCAAUGGGUAUUCUUUCCGGUAAAUAUUUUUCUCCCGAUAAUGGUCCGCCGGAUGCUCGGUUAAAUCUUUUUAAAGGGAGGUAUUCAGAAGGAGAAUCAAGAUACAACUUGACCAAUAAAGCUAUACAAGCAGCUUCUAGGGCAUACCUUGAUAUUGCAAAAAGAUAUGAUCUUCAUCCUGUAUCUCUUGCUAUAGCGUUUGUUUUGCGACACCCCCUUGUUGCUAGUGUCGUUUUUGGGGCUACCAAAUCAUGGCAGCUCCAGGAGGUUCUAACUGCAUGCAAGAUCAAGCUCACAGAUGAAGUAGUUGAAGAAAUUAACAAGAUUCAUUCAAGAUUUCCAAAUCCGUGUCCCUGACCUGAAGAUUACAAAUAAUUACACUAAAAAGUGUACAUGUGAAGAUAAAAUGACUAACACACAUCGACACUGAAAAGUACUCUACAUAUUUUCCAAAUCCAUGUCCAAUGUUAAAGUAACUUUUAAUUCAACUAAGUACAUUUUUUAGCUUGAUAGACUCAUACUUGAGCAAGGCAUAUAUACAUAUCUGAUCUUUAUAUUU